AUGCCUAUUAAUCACGACAAAUAUCAGCCGGAUGAAUAUGAUCAUACGUGCAGCCGAAUUUUGCGUUGCACGAAGAAUUCAAAUAUAAAAGGGAAGGGGUGGAGUUUCGGGAUUGAAGGAUAUUGGGGCGCAAUUGAAUAUGCGUUGCGGAGAGAGCAUCCAGAGCUUGGCACAUCAGUAAAUCUCGGGAAGAGUGUCGAGGUGUAUGGUGCAAAUUAUACUUUCAGAAAUUGA